GGCCAAGCUCCACCUCUCGCCCAUAACUCUGGAGCGAGAGGAGCCCUCCCUUCCCAAUCCCGACCCGGAGCGACAGUGGCUGGGGCUGGAGGUUAAGCCGUGCUGACAGCCUGGAUCCCGGCAGAGGCACAGGGAUGAGAGUGGCCGUGGUGGGAGCGGGGGUCAGCGGGCUGGCAGCCACCAAGUGCUGCCUGGACGAGGGGCUGGAGCCCACGUGCUUCGAGCAGAGCCAGGACAUCGGGGGGCUCUGGCGCUACACGGAGCACAUCGAGGCCGGCCGGCCGAGCGUUUACCCCUCGCUCAUCAGCAACACCUCCAAGGAGAUGUCUGCCUUCUCUGACUUCCCCUAUCCCGAGCACUUCCCCGUGUUCCUGCCCAACGCCCUGCUCCUGGACUACCUGCGGCGCUACGCCGAGCGCUUCGGCCUGCGUGAGCGCAUCAGGUUUGGGACCACCGUGGUCAGCAUCCGUAAGCACCCCGACUUCGCCACCACGGGCCAGUGGAAUGUGGUCACCGAGGCGGGUGGCAAGCAGACAUCGGAUGUCUUUGAUGCUGUCAUGGUUUGCAUUGGCAACUUCUCGGAGCCAUCCCUGCCCCUGCAGUGUUUCCCUGGCAUCGAGAGGUUCCGAGGGCAGUACUUCCACAGCCGGCAGUACAAGCACCCCGACGUGUUCCAGGGCAAGCGUGUCCUCGUGGUGGGCAUGGGCAACUCGGGCGUGGACAUCGCAGUGGAGGCCAGUCGUGUAGCUGCAAAGGUGACCAUUAGCACCUCCCGAGGAUCCUGGCUGCUCAGCCGUGUGUUUGAGCGUGGCUACCCCUGGGAUAUGGUUUCAAUCACUCGCCUUAAGACCCUGAUCAAAACCAGCCUCCCCGGAGCCCUUUCAUGGGGCUUGACCAAUUACAAGAUGAACAAGAGGUUCAACCACAAAAACUAUGGCCUUCAACCAGACAGCAGCUGGCACGUCCGUGAGCCCCUGCUGAACGACGACCUCCCGAGCUACAUCCUGACAGGCAGGAUCACCAUCAAGCCGGGCGUGAAGGAGUUCAGGGACAACUCAGUGCUGUUCCACAACUGCCCUGAGGAGGAACCUGUUGAUAUUGUCGUCUUCAGCACGGGCUACAUGGUCUCCUUCCCCUUCCUAGAAGAAUCUGUGGUCAAGGUGGAAAACAAGCACGCGUCCCUCUACAAGCACGUGUUCCCAACGCACCUGCAGAAGCCCACCCUGGCUGUCCUCGGGUUCCUUAAGCCCUUUGGACCCGUCAUGCCCGUGGUAGAGAUGCAGGCACGCUGGGUGAGCCGUGUCUUCAAAGGCUUGUGUCACUUGCCUUCCCAGUCUGUCAUGGAGGAGGAAGUAAAUGAGAACAAGAAAAACCAGGUCAAAUGGUUUGGCCUGACCUAUGAUGAAGUCCUGAAAACCGAGUGGCUGGUGUACCUGGACACGCUGGCCUCCUUCAUCGGUGCCAAGCCCAGCGUGCUGGGGCUGCUCUGCACAGACCCCAAGCUGGCCCUCACCAUCUUCUUUGGCCCCUGCACCCCCUACCAGUACAGACUGGGGGGUCCUGGCAGCUGGCAGGGGGCACGGCAGGCCAUCCUCACCCAGUGGGACCGUGUCAUCAAGCCCACAAGAACACGAGUCCCUGCUGGCUCCUCCAGCUCUUUCCCUUCCCUCCUGGUUGUGCUGGGAUUCCUUCUGCUCCUGGCUGCUGUGAUUUUUGGUUUCAAAUAGCUUCUAGAGCAUG